CCAUUUACUGUAUGUUAGGGGGAAAACAGUGAUAAAGUACCGAAUUGAUACGAAAAUUUAAUGAAGACUGGGAAAGCUGUCAGUAUACCAAAUAUUCGGUGGUGAUGCUCGACUCGUAUCUACAAAUCAUUGAUAAAAUCAGCCUGUUGGUAAUAUGACUUAUGAACACAUGUUUUAGAAAUUAAUUUGUUUUUAUAAUGUGAUAAUUUUUAACACGCGGUGAUUAGUGGUCCGUGUUGAGUUCUUCAUUACACGAAACGUAUUUGUCUAGAUAGGUAUGAAUUAAUGUAAUCCAUAUUAUGUAUUUUUUCUCUAUAAACUAAAUUUUUUCGAUGGAAAAUUUCAUUAAAAAUGAUAUCCCCAGUGUGAAAAGUUUAAAAUAUAGACAAUAUUUGGCAGCAUUUAUCGUGGCAAUCCUUUCAAUAUCAAAUGGAUUCUCAGCAGCUUGGACUAGUCCAGUACAGAAACUUUUACAAUCAGAAAACAGUCCCGUUGGUGUUAAGGUAUCGUACGAAGAAUUCUCAUGGAUCAGUUCGGUGCUCUACAUCGGAGCACUGCUCGGUAUAUUUAUAUGGAGCAAAUGUGCCGAUAAAUUCGGUCGAAAAGUGAACGGUUAUUUGAUCAGCUCUACUCAAAUAAUCGGAUGGAUCGGUAUCAUCUUUGCCACUAGUCCUAAUCAUUUGAUCAUCUCUAGAUUCAUUAUGGGUCUCGGAGGUUGCGGUAUAAUUUCCAAUAGCCAAUUGUACAUUAAUGAAACCGCCGAUAAAGAUAUCAAAGGCCCUUUAUGCGCUCUAAUUCUCGUCUUCACCAAUGUUGGAAUCGUACUAGUCAAUGUAUUGGGAUGCUUUCUUUCAUACGUCAGUUUGAACAUCUGUUGCUUAUGUUUUCCAGUACUAUUUGUCGUGAUGUAUUUCUGGUUACCGGAGACUCCGCUCUAUUUGUCUAUGAGAAAUCGUCCAACUAAGGCUAAAAAAUCAAUGAACUGGUUCGGACUGGAAGAAGUAAAUGGUCGUUACGAAGAAUCGACCGAAGAAUCGUACAAAGAUUUAUUUUCUUCGAGUCAAAUGCGACGAAUAACCUUUGUAGGGAUGGGUAUAAUGAUUUGUCAGCAGCUUUCCGGUUAUGGAGCUAUAAUAGCGUAUUCGCAGAAGAUAUUCGAAUCGACCAAAUCUGAUAUUUCUAAUGAAGUAUUGUCCAUUAUUUUAUCCAUUUUUCAGCUCGUCGUAUCGUCCAUUUCUGGUUUCGUGAUCAAAUCUAGUCGUCGAAAACCUAUGAUGAUAUUCUGCUUCGUAUCGGCAUCUUUAUCUUAUUUAUUGAUUUAUUCGAAAUCUCAUUUGCCAGUUGGCUCGUUCUUUUCGAGCUACGUGCCUGUUUUCGGCAUAUUGUGUUUUAUUAUCGUGUAUAAUUUAGGUAUAGGUCCUCUGCCUCUCGUCGUGAUUCCUGAAAUAUUCCCUCCUCGUGUUUUAAACCGUGGUACGAGUUUGGCUCUAGUGAUGCUAGUUUUUGGAGCUUUCGUUGUCUUAAAGGCUUUCCCUAUUAUUCAGUAUGUAUUCGGAGAAUCUGAAUCGUUCUUCAUACUAUCGUGUUUGAACUUAUCGUUCGCCGCAUUUAUUUGGCAGUUUCUUUGGGAGACGAAACCCAGCGAUAAGAAAGUCGAAGUCGAAGAUACCGCCUCCGUUAAUUAGGGUAGUGCAAGGUGUAGAUAGGUACCCUCAGGCGACAAAACCUAUUUUACAUAUAGGUAUGGCAAUAUCAUUCUGUCAGCAAUCAACUACUACGAGUAAAUUACGAAUCAUCAAAGCGUAAACAUGCAUAGUAAUCAUCGAAACCGCCGUAUAAAUGAGAAACCUUUGAAAAUUUUGAAUUGGAAAUCAACCGGAGCGUUGCUUUUGAAAAUAUCCACAUGGAAAAAUCCAAUAGUCAAUUUAAUUAACGGCGUAUUGUUUUGGUCUUUUUAUUACACGACGACGUCGUCUGGCGUAUUCAACAAAAACAAAACGAUGUAUAAUAUGUUCGAAGGCCGAAAACACGACGAUUAUAUUUUCAUUCGAAAGUAUAUUUUAUAAAUGGAAUUUUCAACUAUGAGGCGAACAUAGAAUUUCCUGUAGUUUUUUUUCUACUUUAUUAUAGUCAUUUUUUUUUAUGGAUUACCUACCUAUUAUUUUAUACUUGUAUUUUUUUCUUUUUGUUAUCUUGGUAUUCGCGAACAAUUAAUUCGUAAAUUUUUAAUUAAUGAGCGGUUUUUAUGCAAAAAUAAUAAUCGCGAAUAGAAAAGUUUUGUUAUUUUUUUUAAUAAAGUUAUUUUUCACCCUU